AUGGAGGCGGCGGAGGAACCCGGGGCGGAGGAGCGAGAGGGGAGCGGGGAUAACGAGGUUCCCGAGAGCGAGCCCGACGCGCUGAGCGCGGGGAGCGGGGAGUCCGAGGACCCGGCGGAGCCUCCGGAGCCCGAAGGAACCGCGCCGGGCACGGGGGAGGCGGAGAGCGGCACGGAGGAAUCCAACGCCGGCGGGGAGCCGGAACCCACGGCCGGCGCCGAAGCCCAGGAGGCGGAGGAGAGGGAGCGCGCGGCGCUGCUGGCCGAGUACCGGACGCUGGAGGCCGAGCGGCAGCGCCUGCACCAGGCGGACGGCCGCCUGCAGCUCCUGCUGGGAGACGCGCUGCGGCCGCAGCGGGGCGAGCGGCGUGCGGACGAGGCGGGCGGGCAGGAGCUGUUCUCCCGGCGGCUGCUGGAGCUGCAAGAGCUGUGGCGGCGGCGGGAGCAGGAGGCCGAGAGCUGGCAGAGGCGGGUGGACGCCCGGCAGAGGGACUGCGCGGAGAGCGAGGCCGCGGCCAGUGCCGCCUGGGCCGCCUUCCAGGCGCGGAAGAAGGCCGUGGCCGUGCAGACCCUCUCGCGGCGGCGGGGCGGCAGGGAGGCGGCUCUCAGGGCGGUGGGCGACAUCCAGGCCCGGGAACAGGAGAAGGAGAUGUCCUUGCGAGAGGCCCGGCUGGAAAACAUCAAGGUGAAGCUUGAGGUCCGAAACCUGGAGAGCGUCCUGAGAGCCCACGGAGAAAAGCUGAAAGGCCACCACUUCGCAGAGAUCAGUCACAUGAAGAAAGAGAACCAGAAGCUCAACGAAAAGCUGGACGGCCUCAACGACGAGGUCCUGAAGCUGAAAAAGAAGGUCGCUAAUGCAGAACGGAUCCUCGGCGACGUCAGGGAGAAACUGCAGUUUGUGGAAGCUGAGAACCGAGGCCGGAAGGCUGAGCUGAGAGACGUCAUGAGCGUCCUGCUGCAGAAGAGGGACGCCCUGAGCAAGAGCAAGCGGGCCAGAGACAGGCUGAGGGCACGCAACGUGAAACUGCAGCAGCAACGCGGGCUGCUUGGAGAGGAGAUGCUGCUGCGGGACUUUGAGGAGAAGGUGAAUGCCGUGGAGUUGUUACAACAGCAGCUGCAAGUGCUGAAACGUCACCAUGCCGAACUGAUCCUCAAACAGAGGGAAAUUCAGGAAAAGAUGAGGGAAGCCAAUUCAUUUCUACCUUGA